CUCCUAGAAGGUAUCCUUUUCCUCCCUUGUGAACUCUUUUGCUGGAUGAUGGAGAUCACCAUAUGUUAGCUGAUACAGAGUCAAGGUGCAGUUAAUUCAGAGAUGUACUAGAAACUAAAUGUAAUGGUUCUGCUGAUAUAAGACAAGGUAAACCAGCCAUUCAAGUCUUAGAGGAAUAUAUCAGCUCGUGGUAUGUGUGUAUUAUACACUGUUUUGAAUGAAUUAUGAAGAUAUGCGUAUAUAUACUUUAUUGAUGUGAUUUUUCUCUCUCUUUCACUGACCUUGUGUUUUUCUUGUAUUUACAAUGCAUGAGGAAAUCAUUCCAUUCUGUAAAGCAACUUUCUAACACAGGCUUUUAUUUCCUUAGUAUUAUCAGAGGAAGGCAGGAUGGUCUGAAAGAAAUGCAGCAGCUUGAAAAAAAAGAAUAGUGCUUUUAUUUUUCACAGGCGUCAGUGUUCAUAGGGGAAUAGUUACUAGCAAGAAUCUUUGGAAUAAAUUAACACCUACCAGAAAUACCUUGGGCCUCAGACCAACAAAGCAAUUAAGCAUGUGCUCAACUUGGAACUCUGCCUAUUUUGCAAGUCACUUAUGUGGAUAAUGUUAAGCAGAGGCUUAAUUACUCUGCAAGAUCAUAAAAAAGCAGGGUUGGAGGGGACCUCAAGGGAUGACCUAGAGCAACCCUGGCUGCUGUUUCUCUAACCUUCUCCAUUGGUAAGAUUUGUACAGCCUCUUCUGGAAGAUUGUUCCAACCGCUGAGCUAUCCCUCAAAUGAGAAAGAUAUACUACUUCCACCCCCAAACAGCUAGGUUAAAUCUUUGCGUAAAAUGAACCAAAUUCUCUCUUGAUACAAAGAACAAGAACAUUUUUGAUAUUCUGGUAACGUCUCUUUUCCAUGCUAGAAGACUAAUAGCAUCUUUCCUCUUUUGUUCUCCCCCUGCUCCUGUUUCUCUACUGAACAAUUUCUCCAGCCUUUGCUUGUUUAACAUUUCUUACAUCACAUGCCAAUCCCCAUUGCUCUCUUCUGAAAUCUCACUUGUGCACUGAUCUCACUUCAAGAGGGAACCAAACUGAUGCCCCACCAGCAUCACACAGAGCAAGCUGAUUGCCUUGUGUUUCACAUCCAGCUCUCCUAUUGAGACACUUUGAAAAAAGGCUCAGCUUUUCUUCUCUAUGCACAUUGAGCUUUUGGUCCUCUGUAACCCCAAGAUCACUUCUUGGUGUGCUGCCACUUCUCUGCUCAUUCAAUCUAUUUUACUUGUGUGGUCAAAAAUGCUCUAUCUUCAUUGGGUUUAUUUCUGCUGAUUUGAAACCCCCACUUUGUAUCAUUCACUAGUGUAAGUGCUCUCCUCACUGUCAGUCCAUGUCUCUAAUAAAUAAGGUAAGUGGAGCAGACUAGGAUAAAUGCAUGAAGGACUUCCUUAAAUGUCAUGCUUCUCAGACAGUAAAUGACUGAUAACUAAACUCUCACUGCAUUUUUUUCUCUCUCAGUGGUACACCGAAGUGAAUGCAACUUCACCAAGGCCAUGUUUUUUGAUUUUUUUCUUCUCAGAAUUUAGGGUAGGAAAGUGACAUCCUGCCUCUUUCUUAGUUACUGGGUUACUUACUCUGUAAAAGAAUUUGUCUGGCAUGCCUUGUUUUAAAAAAUAAAUAAAAAUCCACACUGGCUGAUAUUUGUCAACAUAUUGUUCUCUUUGGGAUUAUAACUUGGUUAUUUAAUUAUUUGUUCUAUUAUCUUUCCAUUUAUUGAAGUUAGGCAGAUUACUUUUGAAUUCCCUGGCUCCUCCUUUUUCCUCUCUGUAAAUUUAGGUCUUCUCUCUGCCAUUUUCCAGCCCUGUGGGACAUCCCCUUUAAUCCCUGAAUUCUUGCAGAUAAUGGCUAAUAGCUCAGACUGCUUUGAUUAGUUCCUUAAUUACACUAGUGUGAGUUCCAUCAGGCCUCAUGAACAUGAAAGCAUUUGUCUUAUCUAAAAAUUGUUUGAGCAAUUCUUUUUUUCUGUCUUGGUCUUUAUACUAUCACCUGUUAAAUCAAUCUCUCAUUUAUUUUUUUUUUAAAGAAGAAUUCAAGUCUUCUCUGUUUUGGCUAUUAUUUGUCUGCUUUAUCCAAUAGUAACAGGUUUUCCUGUGUUGUCCGGUUGCUUCUGGACGUCUGGGAAGCCAUUUACACCCCUUACUAGUUGCUAUUCAUUUUUGCACUUACAUGCUUGUGUUAUUCCUGUAUGUUCAUUCAUCAGUGUAAGUCUGCACUUCCAUUUUUAGGGAUUUCUUUGAUACAGCAGAUUUUCACAAGCUGCCAGUGCUGUCCUGUUGAUUUUCAACAUUACUUCCUUUUUUCCUCUGCAACUCAGACUGCUCUGAGGCUGUCCAAAUACAGUUGUGUAUAGUCACUUUCCUGUACUUUUCUCCUCUGCAAUUUAUUCCUAUGAGACCUGACUUACCACUUCCAUGAUGCUGCUGAAGUUUGCUUUCCAGAAAGAGGAAUUUGUUUCAUAUAUUUUACUCUUUUCAUGUACGUGACUGUUUUGUUACCACUGUCAUCCUCCUUGCUUUCCAUUUUAAAAUUUAAAGUUCAUGCCUAUUCAGUAGCACCACAACUAAAGUAUGCGCUCCUUCCCCAGACAAACACCAUUCUUUCUUGGAAAUAAUUUUUUUUUUUGGCAUAGUAUUCUAAGAACAUGAUGAAAUAUGUCCUACUCUUUUUAGUUAGUUAUCUGAAAUUUCACCAUCACCAAUUCUUUAUUUGUGAAAUUUGCAGAAUUUCAGGCUAAUUCACACUCUGCAGGUGCUGCCUUGUAUGCUGAGGUCAGGCCCAGUGCUGUUGGUUUCAUUACAAGGUGCAGGAGUCAGUGAAUUAUUCCUGCUAUGGAGUGAUAUCACCUACGACAUCUUAUUGACCCAGCUACCUUUCUGUGUUAAACAGGGUACUGCUGAUGCUUCAGCUCACAAAUCCACUGAAGGCUGCAAAACAUUCAGGAAUCUGACUGAUCAUCCAGACCAGAGUAUUGUACACACAAAUAAAGUUCCAUCAAAAUGGACUACUUUUUGGAUGUCGAGUCUGCUCACAGACUGUUUUACAGUCAAGGAGCCCAAGCUCGUCGGGCAACUCUUCUCACUGUGCCCACACUGAUGUCGGCUUCUUCUGAGGAGGACAUAGACCGGAGACCCAUUAGAAGACUCCGGUCUAAGAGUGACACUCCAUACUUAGAAGAAGCUAGGAUCUGCUUCAACCUUGACACAUCUCGCCGGGCCACGCUGCUCACCGUACCCACAUUAAUGGCGGCAUCUUCCGAGGAGGACAUCGACCGCAGACCCAUCCGCCGCGUCCGCUCCAAGAGCGAUACCCCUUACCUCGCCGAGGCCCGCAUCUCCUUCAACCUCGAGGCAGGGCAGAUGUCUACUUUAGGCAUUACUUGCCAUGAGCAUAAGCGAGUGUCAUGCUUGAUAGCUGAGGAAGUGGAAAGACUGGCUGCAAUGCGUUCAGAUUCUCUAGUACCUGGGACUCACACGCCUCCGAUCAGAAGAAGAAGCAAAUUUGCCACUCUUGGAAGGCUUUUUAAGCCAUGGAAAUGGAGGAAGAAGAAGAGCGAAAAAUUUAAGCACACUUCUGCAGCUUUGGAAAGAAAGAUAUCAAUGAGGCAAAGCAGAGAGGAGCUUAUAAAACGAGGAGUGCUGAAGGAAAUUUUUGAUAAAGAUGGGGAACUUUCCAUACCAAAUGACGAAGGAGCUUUGGAGAAUGGGCAGCCUCUGGGCUCUGGACCAGUGCUGAGCUCCAGCCAAGUAUCGCUUCCAGCCCUAGCAGAACUGGAGUCAGGUUCUGCACCUGGGGAACCCUGCUCAUACGAGGUGCUCCCAACCACAGAGAUCAUGGAUGGGACAGUGUCUGAAGAGAGCCCCACAUCCAAUGAAUCCGGCGUCCUCCUGUCCCAAGAUCCUGCAGCCAUGCCAGUCCUGCUACUCCCCCCCAAAAAAUCUGCUGCUUUCCCUGGAGACCAUGAGGACACCCCAGUGAAACAGUUGUCCCACCUCAAACAGCCCCCUGCCCUGCCUCCUAAACCUAUUGCCAGGAUUGCCAGCCACUUAACUGAUCCUGGCGCUCCUGUGAAACUGCCUUGUAUGCCAGUUAAACUGUCACCUCCACUACCUCCAAAGAAAGUCAUGAUUUGCAUGCCUUUAGGGGGGCCAGACCUCUCUCUCUCAUCCUAUUCCACACAGAAGAGCUCCCAGCAGCCUUUGAGUCAUCACACUGUCCUGCCAUCCCAGUUAGCAGCUCACCAGCACCAGCUCCAGUACAGCAGCCACAGCCAGCACCUGCCUUCUGGGUCCAGCACAUUGCCCAUUCACCCUUCAGGGUGCCGGAUGAUAGAGGAACUGAACAAAACACUAGCCAUGACCAUGCAAAGGCUAGAAAGCUCUGGUUUACAUACAGGUGAUAGUGUUACAAAAACGGGACCUGGAGGCCUUCCAGAUAUGAGACAAGUGCCAACUGUUGUGAUUGAAUGCGAUGACAAUAAAGAAAAUGUGCCUCAUGAAACCAACUAUGAAGAUUCUUCCUGCCUCUACACAAGACAGGAAGAAGAGGAAGAGGAAGAUGAGGAUAACUCAUUAUUUACAAGCUCUCUGGCAAUGAAAGUCUGCAGGAAGGACUCUUUAGCAAUCAAACUCAGCAACAGGCCUUCCAAGCGAGAGCUGGAGGAAAAGAACAUCCUCCCCAUGCAGACGGAUGAGGAGAGACUCGAACUUAGGCAGCAGAUUGGGACAAAGUUAACAAGACGACUGAGCCAAAGGCCGACUGCUGAAGAAUUGGAGCAGAGGAACAUUCUGAAACCCCGGAAUGAGCAAGAGGAGCAGGAGGAAAAACGAGAGAUAAAGAGAAGAUUAACACGUAAGCUGAGUCAAAGGCCUACGGUAGAAGAGCUACGUGAGAGGAAGAUCCUCAUCCGCUUCAGCGACUACGUGGAAGUGGCAGACGCACAAGACUACGAUAGGAGGGCAGACAAACCCUGGACACGACUCACAGCCGCUGACAAAGCAGCCAUUCGAAAAGAGCUUAAUGAAUUUAAAAGCACUGAAAUGGAAGUUCAUGAAUUAAGUAGGCAUCUAACAAGGUUUCACAGACCGUAGCAGUUCAAUUCUACCUGACUACUAUGCCAUCUUCAAAACAUAACUAAAAGGAACCAUAAGUGCUGGUAUUAUUCACUUCCCUGUUACGUACAAUGUAAAUCUUCUGAACUGCCUUUUUUUUUCUAAAGAAAAAAAGAAAAGAGUAGAAAAUAAAUAUUAAAAAAAAAAAUUGUAUAUACAUGUGAUGGGUACUGCAGCAUCAUCAGACCUGCUGGUUCAAGCUUCAAUAACAGGAAAUACCCCUGGUGGGAAUCAUGCCAAGACUUGGCAUCCAUGUAUAAGACUUUCCUGGCAUGUGGAUUUGCCAUACGUGUUCAAGCCCAGCUGGUGGGGCAUACAUUAUUUCAUCUUCAGACACCCCUCAUCCUGACAAGUCUCUGUCAACUCAAGAGUCCUGAGAUAGCGUUCAGGGAAUCACUGGCCUGGGUGAAGUCUCCAGCAGACCUGCACCUAUAGCACUAAAGUACUUCUGAUACCAAACACUCCUUUUAGUCUGCAAGCGCCUUACGAGAACAGUGAAGGAGCAGAACUACAGGCCACCCCAUCUGCAAAUGCCAUCUGACUACAAAGGCAUUUGCUUUCCCUGGAGAAGUUAUGGCAGUGGUUGGCUCCCAAGAAGAAAAAGGCAUCAUCUGUGAAGAACAGGACUCCCUGCUGAAGGCUGGUUCUAGCAACUGCUUAUUUUUCAUCUCUUUCAAGAAUAAAUUUCUAAACCCAGGUAUGAACCCAGCAGCAGUAAGCUACAAGAACAUUGAGGACAAACAAGCAAAACCCAUCUCUUCAUAGUCACUUGCAUGGCAUUUGCUCAGCUUGUAGUUUGUUUUUAACACUCAAGCC